AUGCAUCCAGCAUGUCAAUUUCAUAGUGAUAAACCUUGGCUUGAUAAACAAUUUCACGACGCUGAACAAACAUCGAUCAAAAAGCCUGAUGAACUCGUCGUCGAGAUCCGAGAUCCGGGCAGUGAACUCGACGAAGAAUUAUUCGAUAGGAUCCUUGGCUCAAUGACUGGGUUGCUCUUGGGUGAUGCUCUUGGUGCUCAUGUUGAAUUCAGACCACAUGAUUUUUUAGUUGACAAUCCCGUCACAGAAUUACAAGGCGGUGGAACAUGGGGUCUGCAAAAAGGACAAUUUACCGAUGACACAUCCAUGGCUCUUUGUCUUGCUAUUUCAUUGGUUUCACGUCGUGGCUUUGUAGCAUAUGAUCAAUUGGUUCGCUACAAGUGGUGGUAUAAACAUGGUUAUAUGUCAUCGACAGGACUCUGUUUUGAUAUUGGCUCAGCUACGAGCCAAUCUCUCAACGAAUUUGAAAAACGUCAAAAAGUAUUGGCAAUUGAAAAGAAAAUUCCGUUCGAGCAAUUAGAUUAUUUAUCUGACCCUGAACUUCUCAAAGACUUUAAUAUUUUCUGUAGCCAAGAAGGAGCAGCUGGGAAUGGCGCACUCAUGCGUUUAGCUCCUGUGCCACUUUUUUAUCAUCGAAAUCCUAAAGUUGCUGUCAAAAAUUCUGGUAUUAGUGGCCUGAUUACACACGGAGAUCCAAAAGCCUAUGAUUCAUGUCGUUAUUUCGGUGCUAUCAUAGUUGCUGCUCUUCAAGGUGAACCGAAGAGCAGUCUUUUGGAUGAUAAAUUCUACGACAAUCAUAAAGAUUGGUUUGAUAAUGAGCCGCUUCAUCCUGAUGUUCAGAAUGUCGCCCAAGGAUCAUUCAAGCGAGCUGGUGGUUACGAAGAUGGAAUAAGAGGUAAAGGUUAUAUUAUCAAUGCACUCGAAGCUGCGCUAUGGGCUUUUUGGAGUGAUGAAGAUUCGUUCGAGAAAGGUGUUCUUCGUGCUGUUAAUCUUGGUGAUGAUACAGACACAACGGCAGCCAUUUAUGGUGGAUUAGCUGGAGCUCAUUAUGGCUACAAGAGUUUACCUAAAAGGUGGCUUGAUGAUAUCUAUGCAAAGAACUUAAUCACAUGUGUAUGCAAGUGGAUGACACAUGAAGCAUGGAAGCCUUCAGAUAUUCCAAACCCACCAGGGUGUCGUGUUUCACCCGAACUUGUAACUGAUCGCCGUGAUUCUGAAGAGCACUCGACUAGCGAGAGACAGCACACUGAAGAAAAAUCAACCGAACAGCAUCAUAUGCCAGCGACCAUUAUUAAAGCCCCGACAACAAUGCCUUCUAUGCAGCGUACAGCAAUCGAUGAGCGAGGUAGUGUUGGUUCACUCUAUGAUGGAUAUCGAGAUCGUCUCAUUGUUCCACUCGAUACUAUUGUUAAAGACCAACAAUUAUCUGUAUUAGCUAAAACAACGAAAUGCUUUGUAAAAAAAGGCAAUGAUCGCGAGAACUUGAAUCUUCUUCAACUGAUUGGUAUUACAAAUGAAUUGCGUUUGAGUGUAGAAUUAAAUAUUACACCAGCUGUUGGAAUAGCUCAAGCAAUCAAUUACAAGAUACCAAUUGAUUUAAACACACGAUUCCUCUAUUAUAACUAUCUAGAUCGAGAUGAAUCAUUACGCAAUAAUGUUGAUAAUAUUAAUCGGUCAAUUCAAUCAACAACACGUGAAACUCAGGCUACUCACGUUAUCACGGGUGUCACAUGGGGAAUCGAAGUUCUUACUAUUCUACAGCUAUCAUCUGAUGAUGCAUCGAAAAUCGAUUAUUUAAUCGAUCGAAUUCGUCAAUGCCUAACCGAUAAUGCUACUGAUCUAGGUAUGACAUUGGAUGAAAAACGUUUACUUCAUAGCAUUAAUCGUACAACUAUCUAUUCGAAUAUUCAUCCAUUAACUAAAAUCACUAGUAUCAUUGAUUUUUGUGAUAAAAUUGCCGAUUUUCGAGUAGAUCGGACCCGUCACUUACCGCUGACAUACACGCUUUGCCCCAUACGAUUUCUAUGUCCCCAAUAUUUAGAAAAUGAUGUGAGAUAUAUUCCAUUAGAACCAUCAAUUAUCGAAAAAAUCGAGUUUUACGUACUUCCACUGUCGUUGCGAUUUAAUGUAUUAAAAAAAUUAUUGGAAAAUAAAUCUUUUCAUUCAUCAGGUGAAUAUCUUCGUCAACAAUUUAUUGAUGCACAGAGUCAAUUUUCAGAAUUGAAGGCAACCUACAGCAAAAAACUGAAAACAAUUCAAGAUUGGAUUAUUAAUAGUCGUAAAGGAAAAAUUUCUCCGAAUACAACACUUCAAGAAUUGACUGAUAAUCAUCAAAAUGAAUUGCAAGGAAUAAUUAAUAAUAUUAUCACUUGUCUCAAUAAUUUAAAAGAGAAAAUACCUUCGCUUCAUGAUUUACCAGUGACACAAAACGGACAUGAUUCAGGCAAGGAUCUGCAUGAUGACAAAUUCAAAUAUCAAUCCACAACAGAUGAACAAGAUGAAAACUUUCAGUAUUCAACGGAUGCAUCGGAAAAUAAAUUUGGUCAAAAUUCUUCAAUACUGGACACACGAAAAACAUACCACGAAUCAUCUUUUCCCUAUAGUGAUGUUUUUGAUCGUCUUCCGAGAUCACACAAUGCACGUGAUGUCUUAUCAAACGAUGAAAUUCGUACUGUAUAUGAACCUCAUUCGGAGACAUCACGGUUAUCAUCUACAUAUCCUAAGGUUUCUUCAUUGAGCGCAACUGAAAAAAUUAUUAAUAUACUCCUUCUUGGUGAAAUUGGUGUCGGAAAAUCGACUUUUAUAAAUGCUUUUGCAAAUUAUUGUUCAUUUGAAACACUUGAUGAUACUCGAUUUCAUAAACCAAUCUUAGUAAUUCCAAGCUCAUUUGUAAUGACGACACAGGAUUGGUCGGCAACCCCAAUGCAUGUCCUAGCCGGUUCUUCAGAUCCUGAUGAAAAACACGACAAUUAUUAUCAUUCAACAACUCAACGGUGUAAAUCCUAUCUAUUUCAUACGCAUGAUGGAGCAAAAAUUCGAUUCAUUGAUACACCGGGGCUUGGAAAUCUGUGUGGUUGGCAUCGAGAUCAUUUGGAAAUGCAAACCAUAUUAUCAUUUAUAAAUAAUUUCUCACAUUUAGAUGCUGUAUGUCUUUUGCUGAAGCCAAAUUUUUCACGAUUUUCUAUUUACAAUUCUUGCUUUCAACAUCUUUUCAGUUUUUUUGGCGAACAUAUCCGUCGAAAUAUUAUUUUCUGUUUUACAAAUUCGUUCUCAACGCGAUUUGAUCCUAGCGAUGGAAUCCGUUUAUUCGAAUCUGAAUUGAAAUCAGUAUUCCAGCUUGGUAUUCGAAUGAACCAAGAAAAUACGUUCAAUUUCGAUAGCGAAUCGUUUCGCUAUAUAGUGGCUUUACAAAAUUCACUUGAAUUCAAUAGUGGGUCAAUGUAUCAAGUAAAAUUUAGCUGGUCUAAAUCAAAAAUUGAGUCAAUGCGUUUUCUUCGAUACAUCAAAAACCAAUUGAACCCAAUUCAAAUCCAUGGAGAAUGUCUAUCGCUUAAGCAUGCUCAACUCGAAAUUCAAUGUAUGAUCCGUCCUAUAUUGGAAACAAUGAGAAAUAUGCUAAGAAAUUAUAUUCUGUAUACCAGGAUGUCGCCUAAUGCAUCAAUAGAAUUAUGUUCAAAAACUGUUGUACCUAACACAGCACUUUGUACGUCGUGUCACUCUUACUCUGUUCGAGUUGGAAAGAUCUUGAUAGGUCUUGAUACUAAGCAUAAACUUGACCAAAAUCAAUGUUAUUCAUGUACAUGCAGUUUGAAACGUCAUAUUCCGAUUGAUCAUGAACUAGAUUACAAGUUUUCUUUGGACCGACACAAAUAUAAUGCUAGUGGAACGGCUGAUAUUCUUGAACUAAUCAAACGAAGUGUGUAUCUUGCAAAAUUUCUUCUAUACUAUUCGAAUAGCGCACAAGACGAUUCGUUCUUGUCUGGUAUUGAUCGAAUGAUUCAUGAAGAAUAUUUCAUUUAUUCACAUUACAUUCCGAGUGAUCUCAACUAUGAUUUAUAUCGCUCCCUCAAAGACCUCAAACGUCAUUAUCAGCAAGAUAUGGAAAAAAUAUUUAUAAAACAAAGAGAUCGUUUCGAUUUAUCUCGUAUCAAUGCAGAUAUGAAGUAUAUUAGCGAAUUAUCUACAAUAAAUGAACAAAUGAAUGCUAUAAAACAAAGCCGGGAAUUAUUCAUAAUUAAUCAUGAAAAGCAAGUACAACUACAAAAUGGGCACAGAUCAUAG